AGCAACGAGAUUGUUAAACUUAAAAAUUGAUGUUUGGUAUUUCGGUUUGAAAAGAUGUCGCUCAAUCGGGGCAUCGGCAAUGUGGAGUACAUGAAAAAAAGGAUACCGACAAACGAAAAGUAUCAGCAUAUCAAAACAAAGUUGGACACAGGAUGCAGCCUUACAAAGUAUAUGGAAAGACUGGAGGAGAUUAAAAAAAAUUACAGGUAUCGAAAAGAUGAAAUCUUCAAGCGGUUAAAGGUCACAACGUUUGCACAAUUGAUACUUCAGGUAGCCUCUGUAUCCGACCUGAAUGAAAGUGAAAUUAACGGUGAACCACACAUCCCAGAAGACGGUCUGUCUGUGGGGUCUGAUGCAGACCUGGAGUGUAUGUCUGAACACACCAAUGGCUCCCCACAGCCGUCGCCUCUGUCAGAUCGCCUGGAUUCAGGGGACAGCAGGGAAAUCUGCCACUCUGCCAGGUCAACACUGCUAAGUGUUAUUAGUGGUGUGGGAGAGAUGAACCUCGACAGGAACAACCAGAGAAUGGAGAGUGAGUUGGUGUCCAGCCCAGAGCCAGCUGACCGGCCUUACCCCGACUGCCCCUACCUGCUGCUGGACGUACGGGACCGGGACGAAUACGACCGCUGCCACAUUAUCAGCGCACACAGUUUCCCCAUCGCCAUGCUGUCUCGAACAAUGAACCCCUACACCAAAGACGUGCUGGAAUAUAAAAAUUCAGCUGGAAAGAUCAUCAUCAUGUAUGAUGAGGAUGAGAGGAUAGCCAGCCAGGCAGCCACCAUCAUGUGUGAACGAGGAUUUGAGAAUCUGUUUAUGCUGUCUGGAGGUCUUAAGGUCAUUGCUCAGAAAUUUCCAGAAGGGAUGACGACAGGCUCCAUCCCCACCUCCUGCCUGUCCUCUCCUACAUCACUGAAGGGAAAGAAGAGCUCUUUGCAGCCGCAGCAGCCAUCUAAGGCAGCAGAGAGGAGGUGGCGGUUUACAUCAGACGAGCUGACCAAGGUCCAGGAGCAGUUGGAGGAGAUACUCAUCCCCAGUAACUCCAACAGCCGCAUGUCCAGCCGCAUGUCGACCAGCAGCUCCCAGUCUAAAGCGUCCAGCGCUCGGAGUCGACAGAGUUCCUCCACAGCUGGGAGGGACAGCGCCAGGGUUCAGAGCAGUAGACCCUGGAAAUAACACCACCUCCACCUCCCUGCACCCAAACCAUACAGAUAUACCAACAAACAUACCUCCAACACAAAGUCCAUUCACUUCAGGCUCCGUAACUGUAAAGAAACACACCUCUGGUCCAAAUAAUCCUCCAAGAUACUGUAAUCCCGUACAGUCAGAGGUGAGCAGGAAACGACACAGCUCCUUAAUUUAAGCAACUUGUAGACACACAUACAUGUGCUUCUGAUAUUCUCUACCAUCUUUAAUCCAUCUCACACCCAGACGCUGAAUAUUCUUUUCAAAUUUUGUUCCCAGCAACUAAAAUAUAUACAUAUAAAACUCUCAUUGGGACUUCAUUAACACUGGACAACAGUAUGAAAUUAAAAACAAAUUUUCAAAUGUCAGCUGGAACAGAGCAGAGAAAUUCUGGAGGUUUAUGUCAGACUAAAGUAUUUUCCCCUUGAUGUUUUUUCUUGAUAUAUUUAAUAAAUGGUGUGUGUUUGAAUGUUUGCACAGUGCCUCAUCUGCGAACGUGGAAACCGAUGGAUCUGUUUGCACUUAAAUGAAUUUCUUGACACUAGUUGCAUCUGUUUUUUUCCACUUCACUCUGUGGAUAACCUGUUCUUUUUUUUCUUAUCAUUUUUAUGUCCAGAGCGUUCACAUUUUGCUCCAUUACUACGACAGGCACCAAAUAAAUGGCAUUCCUAUCAUACUUUUUCGCUGGAGACAGUAUGUUGAUAUGAUUUGAUAUGAAGGAUGUGCUGGGGAUUGUUGUAUUACAUGAGAUGUAAUAUAUAAAUACAUAUAGUUACAAAGCUUGAGAAAAGCUGUGCUGUAUUUUUGUAAUUUUUUCCACAUUAUUCUGAUGUCUUAUCUGAUUCCAAAACUGAUGAUAAACCAACAGCCUUUAUGUACAACUUUUUCAUGUGCUCAUGCUGUUACGUGACUUUCGUGUUAAGUUUCCUUUGUGCGUGUGGAUUGAAGUACUGGAAGUUGUAAUCAAACUAGCUGAUUAGUUGAGGCCUUCACAAAGACAGUCAUCACAAAAAUAGCAAUGUAACUAACAGAACGAAUUGUGCAUUUUGUCAUGGUAGUAAAAGCAGCACUUCAGUACCUUACAGAUGCAUUUGAAAAACAGUAUUUCUAAUUUGUGGCCUUUUGUUGUAAUGAUGUAUUGCAUGAUUCAUGGUCAACUUUCCCCUCUAGACACUCACACAGUGUCCUUUGAAGUGCAUUUUAUGAAAAUAUGGACUGAAAGAUAUGUUUUCACUCAGUCUUAACUCACAUUAACAAUCUGAUCACAUGAUUAUGUUUGUAAAUUAAUGUC